AAGCCACUCUCUGUCUUUUGUUUGUUUUGCUACCGGAGGCCGCGGAGCGGCGGGUGCCUGCUGGAUGCCACGCGCUGCCGGGUGUGGAUUUGCCGGGCUCGCCCGCUUGGAUCCCACUACCCUUGCCUGCCGGGCUGCUCGAGUGCACGCGCCGCCAGGCUGCAAUCGCCGCCAAGUAGAAUCCAGCCGAAGCUAUGUUUAUGAGCAUGGGCAGCUGAGAAGAUACAGCCCAGCAGAAGACUGACCUUUGAAAAUAUGUAUUUGGGAGAUAAUCACGUUCUAUUGAAUACCCUGUGCUGGUGCUGCCAUCGAAAAAUCUGGUUACAGUCUGGGGAGGCCUGCUACUGCUGCAGGACUGGACCAUCUCGGCCCUGAGAUGAGCGUCCUGACAGAGCAGGCGCACCAUGAAUAGAUACACAACGAUCAAGCAGCUUGGGGAUGGGACCUAUGGUUCUGUCCUGCUGGGAAGAAGCAUUGAGUCUGGAGAACUGAUCGCCAUUAAAAAAAUGAAAAGAAAGUUUUACUCCUGGGAAGAAUGCAUGAACCUUCGGGAAGUUAAGUCUUUAAAGAAGCUCAAUCAUGCCAACAUUGUGAAGUUGAAAGAAGUCAUCAGGGAAAACGAUCAUCUCUAUUUCAUCUUCGAGUACAUGAAGGAAAACCUUUACCAGCUCAUUAAAGAACGAAAUAAGUUGUUUCCAGAGUCUGCUAUACGGAAUAUAAUGUAUCAGAUAUUGCAAGGACUGGCUUUCAUUCAUAAACACGGCUUCUUCCACCGGGACCUAAAGCCUGAGAACCUCCUCUGCAUGGGACCAGAACUUGUAAAAAUUGCAGACUUUGGAUUGGCCCGAGAAAUCCGAUCAAGACCUCCGUACACAGACUAUGUGUCUACUAGAUGGUAUAGGGCUCCAGAAGUACUCCUGAGGUCUACCAACUACAGCUCCCCCAUUGAUGUCUGGGCAGUGGGCUGCAUCAUGGCAGAGGUGUACACCCUCCGGCCUCUUUUCCCUGGGGCCAGUGAAAUUGACACGAUUUUCAAAAUUUGCCAAGUGUUGGGAACACCGAAGAAGACUGACUGGCCUGAAGGCUACCAGCUGUCAAGUGCUAUGAAUUUCCUCUGGCCCCAGUGCGUACCCAAUAACUUAAAGACUCUGAUUCCAAAUGCUAGCAGUGAAGCCAUUCAGCUCCUCAGAGACCUGCUGCAGUGGGAUCCCAAGAAACGACCGACCGCUAGUCAGGCACUUCGGUACCCUUACUUCCAGAUUGGACACCCACUGGGCAGCAUCACACGGGAUUCAGGAAAACCACAGAAAGAUGUCCAAGACAAGGCAGCCCCACCUCCUCACAUCAAGCCAGCCCCUCCUGCCCAGCCCCCACCCAAGGCACAUACACUGAUUUCUUCGCGACCAAACCAAACCAGUCAGCCCCCUCAGCAUUUUGUGUACCCCUACAAAGGCGAAGCUUCCAGGGCAGAUCAGCUCAGCCAUCUUCAGGAGGGCAAGCCAAGCCCAGCAUUCUUCCCAUCCCUCCACAAUAAGACUCUUCAGCCAAAAACUCUAGCUGGCCUGGAACACAAGAAUGGUGAGCUCAAGCCAAAGAGCAGGAGACGAUGGGGUCUCAUGUCCAGGUCCACAAAGGGCUCCGACGAAUGGGCCGACUUGGAUGACUUAGAUUUCAGUCCCUCUCUCACCAGGAUAGAUGUGAAGAACAAGAAGAGACAGAGCGAUGACACCCUCGGCAGGUUUGAAAGCAUUCUGGACCUGAAGCCAUCAGAGCCGGUGGGCACAGGAACCAGUGUCUCAACUCAGGCUUCCUCCCAGAGGAGAGACACGCCAACCCAGCGAUCUGCAGCAAAGCAGCACUACUUGAAGCACUCUCGCUACUUGCCUGGAAUAAAUAUAAGAAAUGGCGUGCUUCCAAAUCCAGGCAAGGACUUUCCUCCAUCAAACCCAUGGUCCAGUUCUGGUUUGUCUGGAAAAUCUUCAGGAACAGUUUCAGUAGUGAGCAAAAUAACUUCAGUUGGCUCAGGCUCCACGAGUUCCAGCGGACUGACUGGAGGUUACAUCCCUUCCUUCUUGAAAAAAGAAAUCGGUUCUGUUAUGCAGAGGGUACACCUGGCGCCCCUGGCCGACCCCUCCCCUGGCUAUUCUUCCCUGAAGGCUGUGAGACCUCACCCGGGGCGGCCUUUUUUUCACACCCAGCCUAGGAGCACUCCUGGGUUGAUUCCACGACCUCCAGCCGCCCAGCCUGUGCACGGCAGGAUAGACUGGUCUUCCAAGUACCCAUCCCGUCGGUGACUGUCUCAGCCGGGAGGCCAUUCUCCCUCAGCUCCCAUGGUACCUGCAGAACCGGAACUGCGUGGUGGUGUAAAAGCUCUCACGCUUACAGUUGUUCUGAACUAACACAUUUCAAUAUUUCUUUUAAAUGUUUUUUUUUAAAUAUUGAUUUGAAUGCAAU